AUGAUACCUCCUCCAGACAAGGCCACCUUCCAGGACAGAAGUGCCUCCCUAACGCCAGCCUUUCCUUUCAGUGAAGAGUCAGAUGACAGUGAGGAUAACAGCUGUAGCAGUGACAUGACCGAUUCCAGUUUGUCAAAUUACAGCGAGGGGGUGGAUGAGGGAAGCAAUGACCGUUUCUUGGAUAAUGCACCACAGUCUCAUCAAACAGCAGACAUUGAUGAUGACGGACUGACCCGAAUCCUCCAUUUUAAUGAUUCUGAAAGCGAGUGUGGUAAUGACACUGAAAACCAGGAUGGCUUCCCUUACUUUAACCCAUCUGACUUUUUCUGUGAGACUGGUGACCAGCAGUCUAGCAUGGAAACCUUUAAAUUCAACACUGAGUACUAUACUAAUCACUUGCCCAGCUUGGAUGAGAAUGCCAAUCAGGAAGGAAGUUUCUCUCUGGGAGAUGUAGCUCCGACACCAAGCAGUAACCAUGGCUACCUGCCUUCUCACUGUGUGGAGCAGGCUCCCAAAAGCUACACUGACCUCAGCCUUUCGACUGACUCCUUUGAAUUUUUCCAGUCGUUCUCAGAAUUCAACUAUGGAUCUUUUCACAAUCCACAGAAGGACCAUGAAAGCAUGGACAAUUGUCCAUCGCUGCAGUUUCAGUUCCCUGGCUUUCCCAGUUUCUCCCAGGCCGCUGACCCAGGUAGCUGUUUCCUGGAGUCUCUGAUUGGUCUGGCUGAGCCCAUCACAGCAGAUUCAUUUCCAGAGCCCCCUACACCUUUCCCAGACAGUCAGCAUCUCGAAGAAGCCAUCAAAACAUCCAUUAUGGAAACUGUGAAGGUUUAACUUCAGAUUAUCAAAGUGACUUGUUCCAAAUUUCUUUCUUUCUUUUCAAAGAUGAAUAAUAGAUAUCUUUAUGAAAUGACUGAUGUAUUUGAUGGGAGGGAUGAGGGUCACAAGUCAAGGAAUCAUUCUGCAGUAAUUAGCCUUCAGUUGUAUUAAUCAUGGAUCCAGUGAGGCUAUAAAUAUCAAAAUGAUUCUUCAACUUGAAGUGGGAGUGAUACUCCUAAGUAUCAAUUAGUAAUCUUUUGUAUGAAAGAGCUAUAUAUUGUUUAAAUUGAAAAGAGAAUUGGAUCUUGAGCGUGUUGUAAUAGUGAUGCAUCAAUGCCGAAUAUCGGUGGUACUUCAGCGAAGAGCAACACAAAUGAUUGCUUACAAAUGACACUUAAAGUGGAAAUGGAAUAAGUCUCGAUCUGUUUGGUUACUUAUCAAUGGACAUUUGGCAGCUGAAAUCAUUUGGACAAUUUAUUUGUGACCAACCUAUUCAAAGAAUCGUGCUGUUUUCUUCAGCCCCGAUUACUAUCUUGUAUUAUGUGAUUUUUCUUUUGCACCCCAGCUUGGAAUGUAAAAGCAACCACCCAUGCUAGGCUACAAUUCCAUGUUGCUGCUUGACCUUUGUAAUGUCAUUCCAAUUCUGUAUUAGAUGAGCCUAAACAGUGGAUGAAUGUUGGUUAAGCAGAAAAGCCUAAUGCUACAUUCUACCUCCACUGUCUCUACGCAUCCUUCAAGCUUCAAGAUCACCUUUGGGAGUGGUUUUGUAACACACAGAUUGAAGCUCAUGGGAGUGCCAUGGUGUUAUUACCUUCAACCUAUAAAUGAGCUGAACUUAAAUCAGCUACUGAAUCUGGAAUGCUCCUGGUAUUUAUGCUUCAAUGUUGUUAAAGUGCAUUGAUGCUCUAGGGCCCAUAAGGUAGACCUCCAUAAUGUUGUAUUAUGGCAUGUUAAAAGUAAGCCUUAGACUUUCGUUCUAGUUAUUCACAGCUAGAUGAGAAUUAUUUUUCAAACUGUGAAACUUGCACCUUUUUUCUCAACAGGAGCAAUAAUUGAGAUUAUCCAGUAAAAUUGAGCAAUGAGAUUCUAGCUUUGGGACAAUUUGAUAUUAUGCUGUCUGAUAAUUUAUUUAAAUAUUCCAGGAUCCUUCAGAAUAGGAUUAUCAUUUAAAAUUUGACAGCCACGUAAGGAUAUAAACGACUGUUGAUCUAUAUCUUGGGGAAAGAAGGUAGUCUUGAUUUUGGAGGAUGUCAUUACAAGGAUGAGAGAGGGGUACAAACAUUCUAGAAACUGGAACCUAGAGAGUGAUGGCAUAACUGACAAUAAUUGGGUAAAGGAAAUUUGGCAAUGUUCAAGACAAGACUUGGAGUGUCAUAAGAUUAGACAGGAUCACAUGAGCGCAAAACAUCAGAAUUUGAUUUUUUUUGUAGUCAAGGUUUUGAACUCCAUCUGUUAAGUUUAUAACUAUGUGGCAGUUGUUUAGAGUUUGGUCGGGAUUCUGGAACCAAAGAUUUUAAUUUGACUCCAAAUGUCAAUUUUGGGGCAAUGAUCAAAAAUAUGUGACUGCAUAAACAUAAUGCAAGGAAUAUAUCUAUUUGUGCUCGUGAUAUGCCUUGCCCAGGGAAUUAAUUUUGUGUUAUGCUUUAUUGUAUUCGUUGACUUCCUGAAUAGGAAAUAUUUGGUCUCCUUCCUCCUCCUAGAAGUGCUUUUAAGUGCUUAACCCAGUGUUGUAUUCACUGGGUGUGUAAUAAUUGUACACAUCACUGAUAAUGACCUACUUCAGGAUACUGUGCACACUUUUGCGCAACAAAAUGAGCUUAGAUCUUUGUAUUCCUCAGAAGGAAGGGGCUGCAGUAUAAUUUGUAUUGUAUUUACUGCAGGCAGAUUGUGCUUUUUAAAUUUGUGAACAAUAAUGGCCAGAUACCAAUAAUGAACACAUCGGCCGGUAUCUGCAUUCUAAAUGUAACUCUUCCUGGGUUCCAAUGAAAUUUCUUCACUGAAUCAUGGCCUGGACUUUUCAGUCUUUCACCCAAAUGCUUAUCAUUUCCAGCAUUUUUUUUCCUUAAAUUUAGCAUUCCUUUUUUAACACACCUUACAAGAUAAAGAUUCUUUGAAUGGUAAAGGGUUAAUGCACAAAUUGAUUAAACUUACUAUGCAAAGUCUUAACUACAGCUGAGCCUAGCAAAUUGUACAGUAAUUUGUAAGUGCAAAGUACAUUGAUAAAGCCAACUUGAGACCAGGUCUUAAAUAGCCGGAAGUUAAUAAGUAACUUUUGUAAUACUGUACCUUAAGUAUUACAUGUGCAGUUUUUAUUUAUUUUGUACUGUAUUUAUUUAUUUUUGUACAUGCAGUACUGCAAGGAGCACUGUGGUUUAAUAAUGAAACAAUGGAAGUGCAAUACAGCCUUUCAGUAGCACUGGUCUUUCUCAUCAUUACACUGUUAUUGUAACUGUGUUUGUUUGAGCAGUGUUGUCACUAGUCAGUUUGGUACCAAAUGCUGAAGAAAAAUCAAAAAUUGCAUAUAACCGGCCGUAUAUGGCAGUUUUGGUCAUGCAACUUUUAAUACCAGAUUUUUUUAAAAGAAAUGUAUUACCUUAAGAUGCACCUGUUUUCAGCAGCACCAGACAUGCAAACCACCUGGACUUCAUCCUCUAAUUUUUCAUAGCCCAGGAACGUGAUUUCCACAUAAGCUCAGUUCAGAGGGACAAAAGCUCAUGCGUGUUGCCUGGGUGUUUCUUCAACUUCAAUUUUGUCUAUCAAAUGUGAUCAUUUUUAAAAAAACCUAGUGACAGCACUGCUCCUGUCAAGUGAAACACUUCAUUGCAGGUUCUUGGCUCUUCUCCAAGAACUCUGCAAAAUGUUUGAAGAUAUGAAAAGUAUCUUUUUGGUAAGAAACCAUUUUUUUAAAAACUAAGACGUGAAUUGCAUUCAAACAUUUAGUGUUUUAGGCUGUAUUUUUGGCAUGAAGGUCAUUAGUUCUGUAAAGGUGCUAGAGAUUUGAAACCUUUAAUUAUUUAAAAUUCCACAAAGUAGCUAAUUUUUUUUAAGCUUUACAAUUUAUAAUUUAUUGAAAAUCU